UGAAGAAGGGAUCAGCAAGUUCUUUCGCAUCUAGAAAAUGGUCGAUAAUCCUGGCGCUAGUGCUUCAACUGAUGAUGGCAGUAUCAAGGAGCAAGACCGUUUGUUGCCAAUCGCAAAUGUUAGCCGGAUCAUGAAGCAAACUUUGCCGACUAAUGCAAAAAUCUCUAAGGAAGCCAAGGAGACGAUGCAGGAGUGUGUGUCGGAGUUCAUUAGUUUUGUCACAGGAGAAGCAUCCGAGAAGUGCAAGAAGGAGAGAAGGAAGACGGUGAACGGGGACGACAUCUGCUGGGCUCUGGCAGCACUAGGCUUUGAUGACUAUGCCGGGCCAUUAAAAAGGUACUUACAAAGGUAUAGAGAAUUAGAAGGAGAUAGAGUACUGAAUCAAGAGAAGGCUGGCAACACUGAAGAAAACGAUGAACCAUCCUCAUGUAGAGGUAGCCAACCAAGGAAUUGAUCAGGCCGUGACUCCUUCCCCAUUGAACUUCAACUAAUUAUCUCCAGCUGACCAAAACCAAAUUUAAGGUUUUGGGAAUUGAUAGGUAAAAUAAUAGUUUCUAGCUUUUAACUUUUGAGUACAAUGAUGAAAGAUUGAGGGAUUUCACUUUUUUUUAUCUGGGUAAUUUAGUUCAUGAGAUCUAUGUACGAACCUUGGCUAUUUUCUCCCUGAACCACACAUCUUAAUUAAUAGUUCAUGCGUGUCUGGGAAUUGAAUUGAUUGGCACCUUGAGGUGUUUGAAUGGUUGUAGUAAUUUUUCUUGCUUUAAUGAGAAAAUAGAGUAAAAAUUGUGCUAAAGCUAAUAGCUUUUUGCCUUGA